AUCCCACUCCCCCACUUCCCCAAUUUUCUAUCAUUAUAUAUUCUCCAUUCAAUCCUCCCUUUCUCUUCAAUUUCCCCUCUCCAAUGGCUUCCUUCUCCCAUUUCUUCCUCUUCUUAACCCUAAUUUCCUCCUCUCUUUCCCUCUCCCAUUCCCUCACUUGCAAUUCUCAAUCCUUCCCCAACAGAUCCUUCACCCACUGCCAAGAUCUCCCCCAUCUCAACGCCUUCCUCCACUGGACUCACGAUCCCAAAAAUUCCUCUCUCUCCAUUGCCUUCCUCGCCUCUCCGCCGCGCUCCGGCGGCUGGGUUGCCUGGGCCAUCAACCCCACCGCCACUGGCAUGGUCGGAUCUCAAGCCUUCCUCGCCACUCUCUCCGGCACCACCCCCUCUGUUCGUACCUUCAACAUUUCUUCCUACUCCUCUAUUCUUCCUUCCCCCUCGCUUUCCUUUCCGUUCUGGAACAUGGCGGCCGAAUCUGCCAACGGCCGCUUGAUUAUCUUCGCCACCGUCAAAGUUCCGGCUAAGGCUAAGUCGUUGAACCAAGUCUGGCAAGUUGGACCGGCGGUCGACCCGGAUUCUGGUGUUCCUGCGCCGCAUGAUUUUAAACCGGCUAAUUUGAAUGCAAAAGGCGUGUUGGUUUUUGAUAAGAGUGGUGGUGGUGUUGCUCCUAGCCCUGCUCCAAGCGCUCACGGUGGCGCGUCUGGUGCACCUACGCCUCCGGUAGUCGGCGUUAAUGAAACUGCCGCUUCUCCCAAAGCGCCGGGUCCUGAUAAGGGUGGGGUUGCCGGAAUUAGACGGCGGAGUUUGGGGUUAGUUGUGGGUUGGUUUGUGUUUGUUGUUUGGGGAAUUUUUAGUUUCUGAUUUUAAUUUUAGUUUAGGAAGAAAAAAUAGAAGCAAACUCUUGUGACUUUUUUCUGAUUUUUGGGUAUUUUUUCCCCUUUAUUUGUUUUUCUUAUAAAAGAUAUAAAAAUGGAGAAAUAAUAAUAUC